AAAGCUCUCAUAAUUUCCAGGAAAGAGAAGAAAAUAAAAUAAAACACUCAAUUUGAACCAAAAAAAAAAUUAAUUUGACAUUUGACCAAUUGACCAUGACUACUUAUUUAUAUUUACAUUUAUAUAAAGAAAUAAAUAAAUAAAUAAAUAAAUAAAAACUUGUGUGGGCGUUGAACAAUUCCACGACACACAAUCCUAUAUCCAGAUGCACCUAAAUCUGUCCGGCGGCUCAUAAUAAUAAUCCUUACAAGCUUGAAUCAUCGGAUACCAAUACACAAUAGUGUACUAUAAAUACAAAUCAUUCCUUCUAAGAAUCAAUCAAUUAUCACACCAUUUAUAAACCACCCAUCUUAUCAAUUUUUGUAUACACAAUCUCAUCUACAAAGAAAUUCAAUCAUAUAUCAUGGCUUUAAUUUUUGACAUGUCUUUAGUUGAUGUUUUGAUCCACUUAUCUUGCUUUUUGGUUGUUCAAGCUCUUGUUUAUUUGAUUUUGAGCAACUCUUCUAAUCUUUUCUCUAAGGAUAAGACUUUGAAAUCAUUAAGCUUUAAACGAGCUCGGUCGAGUAGUGUUCGUCAUCUUCUUUCUCUUAUUUCUGAUGUUCCAUCUGGAUCUACUCCGACAGGGUUAGCAUCUCCUGUAAAUCUUAAGUAUGAGGAUGAAAAUAGGGGCUUCAAUGGUUAUUAGAGAGAAAACUAAGUAUGGUUUAAUUUAAUUGUAUUGUAUAUUAUUGAAUUAUUUAAUUUAAUUGAUUCUUUUAAUUAGUUGAA